AUUAUGCGUUCCAGAUAUGGUAUCCCCCAGCAGUCACCUGUCUGAAGAGCAGUUCCAGUGCGCUAUCUGUCUGGAUGUGUUUACUGACCCAGUCUCCAUCCCGUGUGGACACAACUUCUGCAAGGCCUGUAUCAAAGGAUACUGGGAUAGCACACAUCUGUGCCAGUGUCCCCUGUGUAACAAAAUAUUCCACAGAAGACCUGAACCAGAUGUCAACAGAACACUUAAAGAAGUUGCGGAACAUUUUAAGGGAUUGAGAGUGAGAAACAGAGAGGAUUCAGCUGCAGAGCCUGGGGAAGUGGUCUGUGAUGUCUGCACUGGCAGGAAGCGCAAGGCUCUGAAAUCCUGCCUCGUUUGUCUGACCUCGUACUGUGACACUCAUCUGGAGCAUCAUCAGAUAGCCCCAGCCCUGAAGAGACACCAACUGAUCGACCCUGUAAAGAACCUUGAAGACAGGGUAUGUAAGAAGCACAACAAACUCCUCGAGCUGUUCUGUAGGACUGACCAGACAUGUGUGUGUCAGUUCUGCUCUGAGACUGACCACAAGGCUCACAACAGCAUACCUCUGGAAGAAGAAUGUGACCAAAGGAAGGCUCAGCUUGGGAAGACAGAGGCAAAAGUGAAGCAGAUGAUUCAGGAGCGUCUGCAGAAGGUCAAGGAGAUCAAACACUCCGUAGAUCUCAGCAAGAGACACACUGAGAUGGAUAUAUCUGGCAAAGUGCAGGUUUUCACCGCUCUAGUUCACUCCAUUGAGACACUUAAGGCUGAGCUCACUGGUGUGGUUGAGCAGAAGCAAGAAGCUGCAGAGAGGUGCGGUGAAGGUCUUAUUAAAGAACUGGAGCAAGAAAUCACUGAGCUGAAGAGGAUAAGCUCUGAGCUGGGGCAGCUUCCACACACCGAGGACCAUCUCCAAUUCCUCCAGAGCUCCCCCUCCUGGUGUCUCCCAGUAAAGACCAAGGACUGGUCUGAGAUCAGUGUUCAAAGCCACCUGCGCAUGGGGUACAUGAAAAGAGCUGUAUCUCAGCUGGAGGACAAACUGAUGAGUAAGGUAAAGAGUUUUCAUAAUGAGAUGGAGAAUGAGCUGAGGACGUUGUGUGAAGCUAAGACAAAGACGAUUCAGCAGUAUACAAUGGAUGUGACUCUGGACCCUGACACAGCACAUCCUGAACUAAUCCUGUCCGUGGAUGGGAAACAAGUGAGGUGUGGGAACCAAUCACAGACUUUCUUGAGGAACCCAAAGAGGUUUACUUAUGCAUACAGUGUCCUGGGGAAGGAAGGGUUCUCCUCAGGGAAAUCUUACUUUGAGGUACAGGUGAAGGGGAUGACUGAAUGGGAUUUAGGAGUGGCCACAGAGUCGAUCAAUAGGCAGGGGUGGUUACCACUGAGCCCUGAGGAUGGACUCUGGACAUUUGGCCUGGAUACAGAUAAUGACUAUGUGCCUAAUGACCCCAAAGUACCCCACCACCUGAAAAAGAAGCCCCAGAAGGUGGGGGUGUUUGUGGAUUAUGAGGAGGGUCGGGUCUCCAUUUAUGAUGUGGAUGCCACAGCCAGAUCUCACAUCUGCUCUUUCACUGGCUACAAAUUCACUGAGAAACUCUAUCCAUACUUCAACUGUGGGUAUCCUGAUGGUAAAAGAAACGCAGCCCGACUGGUCAUCUCUCCUGUCAGUCACAUGACUGCACCAGUGCGAGGGGUGUGAUCCGAUAUAAACAAAUAGUUGCUUGUUUUUUUUAGGAUGAGGAUACAGUGAUUUAGUAAUUCUGGCCUUCA